AUGACGUCCAACACCUUGAGCGAGCAAAAGCGCAUCCCGGAGCUGAUGCAAGCUCUACAUCUCCCUCCUGGACCCUACGACAAAACCAUCCCCGGCGGACCGUCCUCGCUAAUCUAUGGCAUGGACAUCCCCGUACCAAAACCCUCAGCUCGAGAGUAUCUGAUCAAGGUCAAGGCUACCACCGUGCAUGUCAGCGAGGUACAAGCCGAUGUUUGUGAUGGGGAUAGUCUAGCUUCAUCAGCAGCAGCAAAAACAGCAACAACACCAACAACAACACCAACAAAAGCAACAAAAUUCAAAACCCAUGGUCCCAUACCCGGCCGCGAAUUCUGCGGAAUAGUGAUAAGUACCCCAAAGGAAGACCAUAGCAGCUCCACGGGGCCCCUAUUCAAAGUAGAAGACGACGUAAUCGGCCUCCUCGACUUUAGCCACGACGGCGCCGCUGCAGACUACGUGCUCGCCACGGAAAACGAACUAGCACGUAAACCGCAGAAUAUCUCGGCCGCCGAGGCGUCCACAGUACCCUUUGCGAGUCUGACGGCAUGGCAGGGGCUCUUUUGUUAUGCGAAUCUUGAUCCAGACGACGGGCCGUGCAAUAGGCCAGCAGAUGGACCCUUGAGAGUGCUGGUUACGAAUGCUGCUAGUUCCGAGGUUGGGAGGCAGGUAAUGCGUCUGCUACAGUGUCGGUCUCUGUUUCCUGAGCAUUGCGCGCAUAUGAUGGGCAAAGCUGGCAAAGCCGCCGAGUCGGCUGUCUGGAUAUGCGCAACGGGGACGCGCGACGAACACGAGUAUCUACAAAAGACGCUCGGCGCAGAUGCAGUAACAGCGGGCACAGAUAUCGCAGCUGCGUUUCGGGAGAAUGGAUGGGAUCCAGUCGAUAUUGUGUUUGAUUGUCUUGCAGUCGGCGGAGCAUCGCUGCGUCAGGUUCAUUCACCCGUGGUGGUCAAGGAUCAUGGACACGUUAUCACGCCGAGUCGCCCUCCUUCUUCGCAUCCGGAAAAGCCCGCUGAGAUGGAGGAGCAGGCAGAGAUUCGCACAAGGAAUCUGACGAGUGAGGUGAUUCGGGCCAAGCCUGAUCGAAAACAAUUGACCGCGAUCGCGAAGUUGAUAGAGAAAGGGGUGUUGAAGGCUGCAGAGUUUCUGCGAGUCGAGGAUCUGCUGCACGGGCGAGAGGCGUUGAUACAGGCCGAGAGGGCGAGUGGUGCUCAAGGUCUGGCUGUUUUGCGAGUAGAUCCUGCCCUGGAUUAG